GAGUCGCUCAAAGACUAAAAAGACAUUUUUAAAGAAAAGAAGAGCCAAGAAAUCUGCAACCUGCACUCAGUGUGGAAAGAGUUUCACAGACAAACAAUAUCUUAAGAUUCACAUGAGAGUUCAUACUGGAGAGAAGCCGUUCACAUGUGAUCAGUGCGGGAAGAGUUUCACAAGAUCAGAACACCUUAAGUUACACAUGAAGAUCCACACUGGAGAGAAGCCACACGCAUGUGAUCAGUGUGGGAAGAGAUUCUUAUGCGAACGUCAUUUUAAGCGUCACAUGAGAGUUCAUUCUGGAGAGAAGUCCUUCAUGUGUGAUCAGUGUGGGAUGAGCUUCACACGAAAAAUAUACCUUAAAGAACACAUGACGAUCCACACUGGAGGGAAGCCGCACGCAUGCGAUCAGUGUGGGAAUAGUUUCACGCGAUCAGAACACCUUAAAGUACACAUGAGAGUUCACACAGGAGAGAAGCCGUACGCAUGCGAUCAUUGUGAAAAGAGAUUCUCAAGCAAACAUUAUCUUGAGACUCACAUGAGAAUUCAUACUGGAGAGAAGCCGUACGCAUGUGAUCAGUGCGGGAAGAGCUUCAUACGAAAAACACUUGUUAUUCAACACAUGAAAAUCCACACUGGAGAAAAGCCGUACAUGUGUGAACAGUGUGAAAAGAGAUUCUCAUGCAAAGGUAAUCUUGAGAUUCACAUGAGAGUUCACACCGGAGAGAAGCCGUUCACAUGUGAUCAAUGUGGAAAAACAUUUCUUGUGGCAUCAAACCUGAAGACACACCUGAGAGUUCAUACGAAGGAGAAGCCACAUUCAUGUUCUGUGUGUGGAAAGAGUUUUUCAGUGCUGUGUAAUUUAAAAGUACAUCAGAAAACACAUACUGGUGUGAGAGCUCACAUGUGCUUUGAGUGUGAGAAGACUUUUAUUUCAUUGAACAGUUUAAAAGUGCACCAGAGGAUUCACACUGGAGAAAAACCUUACAAGUGUUCACACUGUGACAAGAGAUUCAGUCAGUCAGGAACACUGAAAACACAUGAGAGGAUCCACAGCAGAGAGAAGCUGCACACGUGUGAUCAGUGUGGAAAGAGUAAAGUCACCUGAAGAUACACAUGAAGAUCCAUGCAGUGGAGAAACCACAUCACCACAGUCAGAAAUCACAAACUACCAGAAAGCAUCUGGAAGGAGAGGACAGAGAGAUCCAGUGAUCCAGAACCUGCAGAAUGAAACUCAGGGUUCCCACGGGUCAUGGAAUUUCUGGAAUUUCAUGGAAUUUUAAAAGACCUGAUGGACAUGAACAAGAAAAGAAAAACAGAAGCUAAAAAAUUUGUCAAAAAAACAUUUCACAUGUAAAUCAAGGCCGAAGAUUCACACGAGGAUCCACCGCGGAGAGAAACCUUACACCUGUGAUCAAUGUGGGAAGAGUUUCUCCGUUCUGAAAUCACAUCUGUCUUCUCAUUCUGAAGAAGAGACCAGAAAACUCACACUAGAGAAAAACCUUUCAAUCGUUCAGGGAGAUGAAGAAGAGACCAGAACACUUUUAACAGAGACAUGAAUCUGAAUGAAUCCCUGAACAUGAAUCACUUUUACUUACUUUUUGUGCUUUAAGAAAUGAUUGAUUAAACUUGAUUAAUAAUUGAUUAAACUCAUUACUCAUUUUAUCAACAGCUUAUUGCUAUUGUCCAAUUUUAUUUUCUGCUGAUUCUUAUUGCAUCAGGAAUAAUUUUAUAAUUAUAUUGUUUAUUAAAUAAAAUAAUGUUCCCAGAAUGUUGGAGGAAGGUGUUUGAAUAGCCUAAAUAUAACGUUCCCUAAUAGUUAUUUUUAAAUUUUAUUUUUGCAACCAUAAAAUAAUGUUCCCAGAACAUUGCAGGGUAGUUAUUUUUAAAUAACAUGAACAUAGCUCAUACAGGAUGUUUCCUUAUGGUUAUUUUUAGGUUAUUGUUUUUAUAACCAUGUAAACUAACCUUUCAAUUAAAACGUUGUAGAUGUUUUUGUAUGAUGACCUAUACAGAGCUCUGAAAUUAGUUUAUGCAGCAUUUAAUAAAAUGUAGCAAUUAGAUAAAAAAAAAAAAAAAAAAAAAAAAAAAAAGCACAUUGUAAUGUUAAUGUGAAACUCACAGAAAUGGUAAAUUCUUGGGUUUGUUUCUAUCUUCAUGAACUGUGCUUCAUGUGCCCUCGCUUUCUCUUGUCUUAAACAGAAAGCCGCCAACUCACGGAAUUUAAAAAUUCACAUUUUGUUUUACUGGCUGACUAACAUUUGUUUAAUAAAUAAUAGUUCAACCCACACAUGACUGA